GCAGAAAAACAGCGUUCAGAGAUCGGAAAUAUCCACAAAUCCGUCGUCGUCAUGGACAAAGUGCAGGGAGGGAUGAAAUGCGUGAAAUAUCUGCUUUUCGUUUUCAACUUCAUCUUUUGGCUGUCGGGCCUGUUGGUGCUGGCGGUGGGACUCUGGCUCCGGUUUGACCCCGAGACAGUGCGGCUGCUGACGGCUGACGACGCCCCCGGCACCUUCUUCAUCGCUGUGUACAUCCUCCUCGGGGCAGGAGGGCUGAUGAUGGUCGUCGGGUUCUUUGGUUGUUUUGGCGCUGUGCGUGAGUCUCAGUGUCUUCUCUCAUCGUUCUUUACUUGCCUUCUGAUAAUCUUUGGAGCAGAGAUCGCUGCUGGAGUGUUUGGAUUCAUGAAUAAGGAACAGAUUGUUGAGGAAGUCCAAAAGUUUUACAGCAUCUCCAUCGCUGACCUCUCCUCUCCGAAUGGCACCGCAAUCGCAUCCUUGUACCACAAAACCCUGAACUGCUGCGGAGGUUCCACACCAGACGAGAUGAGCACGCUGUGUGCAGAGGAGGCUGAGAAGGCCCAGGACUGCCUCACUGCAAUAACAGAGUUCUUCAAUGAAAAGCUGCACAUCAUUGGAUACAUCGGGAUUGGGAUGGCAGGAGUUAUGAUCAUCGGGAUGAUCUUCAGUAUGGUCCUGUGUUGUGCCAUCAGGAACAACAGGGAGGUUAUAUAGAUGGUGAGUUGACCCCCAAGACCCCCUAAGCCCCUCCCCCCACCAGCCAGCCCAACACACGCUCACCGAUCCCUUCACAACAACCCGUCUGAUGGAGGAAAUAAAACGCCAAAGUUACAAUUCAAUGUCAUUUCUCAUAGUCCAGAGAGAUCUGGUGGCGGGGAGUUCACUGAAAACCAGUGCGAGAGAUCCCCAGUGGAUACAUUCCAGUUGUCCACGGGCUAAAUUAAACACGAUCCACGCCGGAUCGUUAUCUUCCCCACCUCCUUCCUCAACUCCUCCAGCCCCGGGAAUGAUUAUUCCUCUGCUCCUCUGCGUGACGUUCCUCGGCCUCGUCACACACCGCGAGCCGCCGCUCGGCGCGUGAAGCCUUCUUCGACACAGGAAUGUGCUGUAAAUACGGACCGCUAUUUUAAUGCACCUGCAGUUAACUUUAUUUAUUGUGCCAUUUGUCGCCCGAUUUGUGUAAUCAAUACGACUUAGUGUGCUUAAGCGUUUUGAGGACUAGCCGACCUUUGCCGAGUAGAUUUUCCAUGAUGUGCCUACUUAGUCAAACAGGAAACGAGCCUCCAGCGAGGGCCCUAUUUACAUAGAUCUCGUUAUUUCAAUUCAGUUUUCAAUUCAAUUCAGUUUAUUUGUAUAGCCCAAUUUCACAAAUUACAAAUUUGUCUCGGAGUGCUUUACAAUCUGUACACAUAGACAUCCCUGCCCCAAAACCUCACAUCGGACCAGGAAAAACUCCCAAAUAACCCUUCAGGGGGAAAAAAAGGGAAGAAACCUGCAGGAGAGCAACAGAGGAGGAUCCCUCUCCAGGACAUCCCUCAACAUGUACAUAUUGGCUCUACGCCACCACUGUCAAGUAUUUCUACUUUAAAGCACAAUAGAGGAAGUGUAGAUGUGAUAUUAACCCAAAGGGUCAGGGAAGAAGGUCCGAUGAUGAACUGAAUCACCAAAGUCAUCAAAAAAUAAGCUCACGAAUAACACAUGCGUCUGUGUCUGUAACUGUGAGCUAGUUUGCAUUUUUGUGUGAAUUAUUUUUGUUGGGGUGCCAAUAAGAUGUGAAUUAUAGAAUAUAGUUUCUGCCAUGAUGUUAACCAUAAUAAAAAACAAAUAUUGGGUGCUUUUA